AUGAACGUCGUCGUGGAUUUCUUCCGUCGAGUCUGGUCAUGGCUGAAGAUCAGAGUGUUAUGGCUGAUCGAUUUCAUUUCUGGUGAGGAACGGGUCUGCGAAAAGGACUUAGAAGGUAUGUCCGCACAAAAGAAAGCAAGUACAGCUCAGCAGGCGAAUGCUGCUCCUGUAGUUCAUAAGGUGAUUAUGGUUGGCACUGGAGGCGUUGGAAAGUCAGCGCUAACUCUUCAGUUCAUGUAUGAUGAGUUUGUGGAAGAGUAUGAGCCAACAAAAGCAGACUCCUACAGGAAGAAGGUGGUGCUAGAUGGAGAGGAAUGUUCAAUUGACAUUCUGGAUACAGCUGGUCAGGAAGAUUAUUCAGCUAUAAGAGAUAACUACUAUCGAAGUGGUGAGGGAUUUAUCUGUGUUUUCUCCAUCUUGGAUAUGGAUUCAUUCGAUGCAACAACGGAAUUCAGGGAACAGAUUCUGCGCGUAAAGAAUUCAGACAACUCAAUCCCUAUUGUGCUUGUGGGAAACAAGGCUGAUCUUCGCGAAGAACGCGUAGUGCCACUGGAAAUGGCUCGACAGAGAGCUGAGAGGUGGGGUGUACCCUAUGUGGAAACAUCUGCAAAACGAAGAGAAAACGUGGAUAAGGUGUUCUAUGAUUUGAUGCGCGAAAUUAAGCGGCGGAAGGGUGGACCGAUGGGCACAUCAGCUGCUGGCCUCGAUCAUGCUCAAGUCGGAGGCAAGAAGAAAGGAGGCUUAAAGAAACUGUGUUCCAUUUUGUAA